GUUUCAUCCCGCAUGAAUAAUUGUGACGGCGACAAGCUUGAGGAGCAAGAUCUUUCCCUUCUGCCCACAUAGGUAAUGGAGUAUCCUUCCAGACGAUCCCAAGGAUUUAAUUCUUGUUUUCACAAUUCCCAAUACGCCGAACAUGUCUGGUUUAGACACCUCUACUCGGAUCUAUUUUAUAUCUUCUUUGGAUGCAUUUGGAAUGAUUUCUAACCCAGGAUGAUAUCCCCAGGGGUAGCUGCGCUCUGACCUAGAACUACUCCCAUGUUAGCGGGACUAUUCCGAAUUCUAUAGAUUGGUAUCCAGCAAACUCGUGCUGAAACUGUGUGUGCUUGAGAAAUGCCAUUAAUCAGGGAGCUCAAAGCCUUAUGGCCUCCAGACUCACCAAAGUUUGACAUGCAUGCGUAAUAGCGCUGGAGUGCAGGAGAGAACUUGUCAUAACCUUCUGGUAGUUCGAUGUUUUAACUUCUGUCCCCCAUUUCUAGUUUAUCCCCCUCUUACCAUGAUCAGGAGAGGUUGGAUUCCUACGGAAGUAUGUUCUUUGGCAGGUGACCAGGAUCUGAAGCCACUAUUGUGAGAAGGCCCUGGUAAUCUCAGCCCUCAGAAUCACUGAACCUAUCUUCAACUAAGUUCACUGUUUUCCCCCCAUCUUUUCUUGAUUUUCAUCCUGUCCUUCUUUAUUCUUUCCACUUUGUCGCUCCUACGACUCCAUAGCUGGAUAUCUCUUUAUCGUUUAUUUGGUUGCCAUCUAUUCUCUCCAACGGUCCCAAGCUGGCGAAUCGGAACAUUGGCAUGCGACAGCCGGUAUAUUCUGGUGAUCAGCAAGAUGACCUUGGGAAUGGUCUUAGCGAUGGGUUGGGAAAUCCGAUGAACCAGUUCAGCAAUGGAGCCAAUUCUGGCGGAGAACCUGGAAGAAGCAAUAUUUUCGCGAAUAAUUUGGCUACUUUCAUAUUUUUGAAAUUCAAUAUUCAGAGCCGCGCUUCUAUUAUCAUUACGGCUUCAUUCAGCGUGACAGCCUCGACUUUCGUGAUACUGAGCAUUAUAUAUGGUAGCUGGCAGUUAUCAAAGGGAGCCCAUCGACGCCGGAUCAGGAGACGCUUCGAAUUUUUACGUCACGUCCCUCCCACCAAUAUUAUUCCAUUAAUGUUUUCGUUUGCGUCGAUUUUACAAAGUUCGAUAUUGAUAGGUGUUCAAAGCACGGGUCUCCAAAACGUAUUUGCAGACGGAUGUUUAGCUUCUUCACAAAUUACUUGGACAGCUGCGUGGAUUAUCGGCUACGUUGUAUUGACAUUUACUGCGAACGCAGUCUAUCAAAGUUUUCGGUCCUUUCAAUCUGCUGUUACUGGGCGAAGGAGUUCGUUGAUUUGCUGGGUGGUCGUAACUAUUAUGCUUCUGUUGACAUGGAUACCUUCCAAAAUUAGGCAGAGGGGAAAUGACAGGUGCUUGGCAACUCUAUUACAAUGGACCACGCGCUGGUCUGAUAUCGGUCUAGCCUUGACAAUAGGUCUGAUUGUCUUGUUUAUCGUGAACGGAGCCAUUUUAUCAGUGAAACUAUGGAGGACGGCAAAGCUUGACACUCAGGAUAGAAUUGCCAAAAGCAGUAUUGUCUAUUACCUGGCUGGCACGACUAUCAUCUUUACUUUGGUUCUUCCUUUCUGGAUACAGGCUACUUUUUUGCGAGGCGUGAGCAACUUUUCGCUGUUGAUGGGCUCUAUAGCUUUGAAUUUAUUUGGCAUUGUCUAUGCCUUUAUUUACCUCCUCUUUUGUGCAAAUGGAAGGAACAUAAUGAUCGGCCCAGUGGCCUCGACUUGGUUGAAGAAGCGUUCAAAACGCCAUGAUUCCACAGAACGUGCUCUAAUACCAGAAAUCAACCAACCUAUUAUUUGUGAGAACCGACGCGAAUCAUACCUCGAGAAAAAAGACUUUCUCGCUGGCGACGAAGAUGACCUCGAAGAGCCAAGGUUUCUAAAAACGAAGAACCCUAAGCCAGCUCCAUUCAACCCAAUCUCGACGCCACAUCCACUGGUCUUACAUUCCGGAAAACCGUCGGGCUAUUCUUUUUUCCCCACCAAAGCCUCCUCCCGCAACACAAGACGAUUUGUUCUGAACUCUGACGAUAGCCACGAAGAUAUUCUAGCUCCACCUCGACCAUCAUACGCCCGCCAUCGACGCUUCUCCUCUGAUGUGAGUGCAGCCACAGUGCAGAUUGGCCUUCGACUAAGCAACAUUGCACUACCCGCCCAUAUUCAAAACCACAACUCAUCAACGACGAGCUUGGGUAAUGUUCCCAUUCAGACUGGAACACCCAUUCGUUCGUCGCCCAUCGAAAACCGCAGUCCUGGAGUCGCAAGAUCUAAAGGCUCGCAGAAAGAGCUAGGGCCUUUAACCGGGUCUCUGACCGCACCCUCUGUAAACCAGAAUAGCGGUUACCUUGCCCGAGUAUCCCCGUUGAGGCAAAACCCACCUGGACUUGGAAUUAGCCCUUCAUUGUAUUCCAGGCAGACACUUGUAACGAGAAUACAGGAAGCCUCAACCAGCAAAAAAGAUGUCCUUCCACCCGCACCGCUCCUGAUUUUUAAGGGAGACAGCUAUGCUCAGAACGAACGGCCCCCUUUAGCCCAAUCCCCGUCUACAUUUCCUACUCCGUCGCAGUCCACAUGGCCGCGUCCUGGCCGACUAUCCCUCCUACCAGACCAAACCUUCAAACAGCCUGCUCAUUGGAUUUAGUAUGCGUUGAAUGAAGCCACAAUUCCACAAUUGCCAUUCAUAUAUUGGCCGAAUCCCAAAUCUCGAACCCAAAAUGAACUCUCUACCUAGAGACCCCACGGUUGAAUCAUUGACCCCUCAGCCGUACCCCAUCAGGCACAUCUAAAAUAAACCUACAUUACUUCACGACAAUACCGCGUAUCUUAUUGCGGUUAUCAACUCUUGCAUCUACCAUUUAUUACUAGGCCUGCUGAGCCAGGUUCACUCUUCCUGGAGAAUUCUGCCUGCUUUACUAUUCCCCCUGUUGACUUUCCUUUAUUAAGAUGUUGUGUUUGGUUGCUCAAUUCAAAAAUUUUCAAGAAAUGCCGGCAACAAUGGCAUAAGGCUAUCCCACAUCACCGUCAUAUUUUUAUCAUUUGUCUCUCUCUCCUUUUUUUUCUUAAGCAUGCCCGCACGAUUUCUUUAUAACGCAGCACCCUCCGCCACCCUCCGCCACCCAUUUCAUAACCAACACACUUGACGAAAUAUACCCCCUUCCCUUACGUACAGUACCAACCUAGUCGCUUCUAUUUUCAUGUAUUAUGUAUCACAGAAUAUAUCCACUAUGCGCCUCUUCAUUCAUGGCCCUCCCCGUCUCCAGCUAAUCCCCCCCCCCAACUGUGCUCUUUUAUUCCCUUUAUUUAUAUUAUUAUGUACACUUCGACCCGUGAGCUCCGUUUUCUUCACCAUGCUACAUAUCCCAACAAACAUGGGAGGAAACAUGAAAUUGAGAAAUGCAGAGAGUUGUAAGAAAUUAUUGUUUUUUUUCAACAAUAUUGCUAAAAUCCAUUUGUGAACUGUCCCGAAACAAAAUGGAAGUGAUGUACAUGUACAUUCACUUUCUAUAAUCUUUAGGACUUAUUCCACACCUAGCUGUUAGAACUUGCGCCUUACACAGCUCAGCGGACAGGAGGCAACAUAAAGAAACCCGGUGCAGUUCAUUGUUGUACUCUAAACUCAAUUCAUUUUCCUGGUUACAUAUAGGUAACUGUAGGCUGAAUACAAGUACCGUCCUAUCAGGCGUCUGAACACGGACACUACACAGCGGGUGGGAAAGUGGGGAACAAUAAAAACUCGAGCUAUUGAUACGUAGAACGAAACCAUACACAUCGA